UAUUGCCCAUGAGAGAAGUUUGCUCAUAGCUUAAAUAUUUGAGAACCUUGGCAUUUCUCAGUUUCAAUUCCUGGGGAAAAAUAGGAGAAAAUGAAGAAUCCUCGAUGGCUUUUAUGUGGGUUUAUUGUAACAGUUGCCCUUAUGCAUCUUAUUCAAGCUCAAAACCAGCAAGGAUUCAUUAGUUUGGAUUGCGGGUUAUCCCCUAAUGGAUCUCCCUAUACCGAACCCUCGACCGGGUUAAUAUUCACAUCCGACGUAAAUUCCAUCCAGAGCGGGAAAACCGGAAGAAUCCAAAAGGAAUUCGAACCGAACUUCAUGAAACCGUACUUGAUGCUAAGAUACUUCCCGGACGGAACACGAAAUUGCUACAACCUGAAUGUGACGAAGGGCACGAGCUAUCUGAUCAAGGCAACGUUCGUGUACGGAAACUACGACGGUCAAAACAAUUACCCGAGCUUCGAUCUGUACAUGGGUCCGAACAUUUGGACGACGGUGGAUUUGAGCGGGCGAGUGAACGGUACGGUCGAGGAGAUCAUUCAUGUGCCGAGCUCAAAAACUUUGGACGUGUGUCUGGUCAAGACAGGAACAACAACUCCGAUGAUAUCGGCCUUAGAGCUUCGACCGUUGAGAAACGGUUCUUAUGUUACGGAGAGUGGCUCUCUCAAGUACUUUUUCAGGGUUUAUUUCAGCAAUUCCGGUCGCUAUAUACGGUAUCCCGACGAUAUAUUUGAUCGCAAAUGGUACUCGUAUUUUCAGCCCGAGUGGACUCAGAUCACGACGAGUCAGAACGUAAGCAACUCGAACACCUACGAGCCACCAGUGGCCGCACUCGCUACGGCCGCAACGCCCACGAACGCAACUGCACCAUUGACCAUUACGUGGAACCUUAAGCCUCCGACCUCGAAUUUUUACCUUUAUGUUCAUUUCGCCGAGAUUCAGAAUCUAAGUUCAAACGCCUCGAGGGCCUUCAACGUUUUGUUAAACGGUGAAAAUACGUUCGGGCCGUAUAGCCCUAAGCGGCUGGAAAUAGAAACCUUGUUCGACAAGAAACCCGAGAAAUGCGACGGAGGAAAAUGCGUCUGGCAGCUCGCCAUGACCCCGAAUUCGACUCUUCCGCCUCUGGUUAGCGCUAUCGAGGCUUUCACCGUUAUCGAUUUUCCACUUUCGGAGACCGAUCAAGAUGACGUGUUUGCUAUCAAGAACAUAAAAGACACUUAUGAAGUGAGCAGAGUGAGUUGGCAAGGAGAUCCUUGUCUCCCUCAACAGUUCACGUGGGACGGUCUGAACUGCAGCGACACGGAUACUUUUACUUCACCAAGAAUCACUUCCUUGGUUUUGUCUUCGAGUGGAUUAACCGGGAGCAUAGCUUCAACCAUACAGAAUCUGACAGAGCUACGUAUACUGGACUUGUCGAACAACAAUUUGACCGGAGGAGUGCCCGAAUUUCUAGCCGGAAUGAAAUCGUUAACCCUAAUAAACUUAAGCGGGAACAAUCUUACUGGCUCAGUUCCUCAAGCCCUUCUCGAUAAACGCGGCGAAGGACUAGAAUUAAAACUCAACGGAAAUCCGAAGCUUCUUUGUCAGUCUGUCUCGUGUGAUAAUCUCGGUGGAACGGGAAAGCAUCGCAAAAAGAGCGUCGUGGUACCCGUUGUGGCUUCGGUUGCUUCUGUACUCGCCGUCCUCGUAGCUGGACUAGCUCUAUUCUUCGUUUUCAAGAAGAAGAAGCAAGCAAAUGCCAAUGGUCGAGUUCUAUCGGUGAAUGCACAACCGGACGGUAGAUCGCCUCAAUCUUCUCAACCAUCGAUAGUACCGAGAAAUAGAAGGUUUUCUUAUCCAGAAGUUCAGGCGAUGACGAACAACUUCCAAAGAAUUCUCGGGAAAGGAGGGUUCGGAGUUGUCUAUCACGGUUAUGUGAACGGUACCGAACAAGUCGCAGUUAAAAUGCUGUCUGAGUCAUCGGCUCAAGGUUACAAACAGUUCAAAGCCGAGGUCGAACUUCUACUGAGAGUUCACCAUAAGAAUCUUGUCAGUCUUGUCGGAUAUUGCGACGAAGGAGACAACUUGGCCCUCGUCUACGAGUACAUGGCCAACGGAGACUUGAAAGAGCAUCUCUCCGGAAAACGUGGUGGAUCUGUUUUGAAUUGGGGAACUAGACUAAAGAUUGUCGCCGAGGCCGCUCAAGGACUGGAGUACUUGCACAACGGAUGUAAACCACCAAUGGUUCAUAGAGAUGUCAAAACGACGAAUAUAUUGCUCAACGAGCACUUACAAUCGAAACUCGCCGAUUUCGGACUCUCCAGGUCUUUCCCGACCGAGGGUGAAACUCAUGUUUCAACCGUUGUUGCUGGAACUCCCGGAUACCUCGAUCCCGAAUACUACCGGACAAACUGGUUGACAGAGAAGAGCGAUGUAUAUAGUUUCGGGAUUGUGUUGUUGGAAAUCAUCACGAACCGGCCAGUGAUCGAUCAAACUCGUGAGAAGCCACACAUAACGGAAUGGGUGGGGCUGAUGCUUACAAGGGGAGACAUCGGUAACAUUAUGGAUCCGAAACUGUACGGAGAUUACGACAGGAACUCGGUGUGGAAAGUGGUUGAACUGGGAAUGUCGUGUGUGAAUCCAUCCUCAUCGAGAAGGCCGAACAUGUCGCAAGUCGUGAUCGAACUGAACGAGUGUCUGGCGUCUGAGAAAUCGAGGGUCGGGACGAGUGGAGAAAUGGACUCGAAGAGUUCCAUUGAAGUGAGCAUGACUUAUGCUACUGAGUUGAGCCCUAAGGCUCGUUAAGUGCAUAUACAUACAUACAUAUAUAUAUAUAUAUAUGGAUGAAGAAUAUGAAGCUUUCAAUUUGCAUUGUUUUUUUUUUGUGGAACAUAGAAAUUUGUUGUAUUCAAUGGUUGUGAUGCUGAUUCGAUGUUGUAA